CUGAUCGUGUCGGAAAAGUGAAACGUCAAAAUUCCCAUUAGAAAUUAAUCAAAACAUUGCUAGAACAUUGUGUUAAUUUUUAGCUGAUUUUCAACCCAUAAACUUUUACGAAAAGGACUACUAUUGUAAGGAAAAUGACCGAAGUUAACUUUUCCGCUCGUGCCUACUGUAAGAUGAUGUUGCAUGCCGCUAAAUACCCGCAUCUGGCUGUGAACGGAUUGCUUCUGGGUGCCAAAGGAUCCAAUCCCCCCAGCAAAGUGGUAGAUGUCGUACCUCUGUUUCAUCAGUGUUUGCAUGUGACACCCAUGGCCGAGAUUGCGCUGAUCAUGGUAGAAGCCAAGGCCGCAAACGAUGAGCUGCAGAUAAUUGGUUACUACGCGGCGGCCGAGAACUUUUACGAUAACAGUUUGGAGAAAGCUCCUGGGGCCCGAAUUGCCGACAAGAUAGCGGAGAAUGUAAACGGAGCGGUUUUUGCUGUGAUCGACAACCGAGCUGUGUCGAUAAAUAUGCGUUAUCCGGCUGUUAAAGUUUGGCAGCAUCGUGAUUCCCGCUGGACUAAGGUUCAGCGCUCCACGGUUGACGACUCGAAGAAUACGUUCGAUGCGGUCAGCAGUUUGCUGCAGCGAGGUGCCAUGAAGGAACUGAUCGAUUUCGACAAUUAUCUGGAUAACACAGAAAACGAUUGGAGUAAUGCGCAUCUGAAUCAUGAUUUGCCACAACUUUUAUCUAUGUACUAACAUGGUGUGGCAAAGGAGUAACAGUAACUGAUACGGAGCAUUUUGUUUGUUGAUAGAAAUCGUAAUUUAUAAUAAUAAUCACGGUGUUAUAAUCUCUUAUCGCUGUACCAAAUACAUUUUUGUUCCAUUAAAAUUGGUUUCGGAUUGAGA